AUGCUGGCAACGAACAGCAGCAUUGAUUUCCGUCAGCGUUAUCAACAUCGUCUUCACCUACUUCAUUCGUACAACCAAUCCAGCUACGCAAGUUGGAGCUACCAGUUUUCGAAGGAAAUUCUACGCAAUAUCACAAGUAAGAUUUCGACACUUCCCGAGCUCUUAGACGGGCUAAACGAAGCUAUUGAGGAGUUUGAGAAAUCAGACGACUAUACGACAGAACAUCAACUGUCAACAUGCGAUCAAGAGAUGUUAAAUACGGUCGCAUUUGGAGUAAUCAAGUCCACGGAACGAGCAGGCAAUGUUCACGCGUCACUCUUGGACUAUCACCAAUUGCCACUCUCGUUUGUCCUCAACACCAAGGACAAGAUUACAGUGUCGACCAGUCCGUUAACACUUAACGCAUUGGACGAAAAUACACUCAGAUCAUUGGAUAUUCGACUAGAAACACUCACAGCUCUUCGUCGUGUUACACCAUUACCUUGA